UUCAGUUAGGCCUUCCCCACACUGUUGUUGUCGUGCGCUUAGUGAGCGUUAAGAGGCAUGGAGUAGAGGAGUGUCAAUACCCAUAACAUGUUCAUAGCCUACUGUAUCUUUACUGCACUUUCCAUUCUUAGAGGUCAAAAACAAGACACCUUUGAUUUGAUCAAUUCUACUUUGUCUCAUCAACAAGUUAUAUCUAAUGGCUUCCUACAGAGGCAGUGUGAAAGACUUUGUCAACUUCAAUGCCAAGCAGGAUGCUGAGCUCCUGCACAAGGCCAUGAAAGGCAUAGGCACCGAUGAGGACACCAUUCUUAUGCUCCUGACAUCGCGCAGCAACAAUCAACGGCAGGAAAUUAAGGCGGCGUACAAGAAGGCCCACGGAAAGGAUCUUGUCAGUGCUUUAAAGUCGGAGCUGGGAGGCUUGUUCGAGACGCUCGUUGUGGCGUUGUUGACGCCUCCCAUUUCCUAUGACGCCUCCCAACUCCACAAAGCACUCAAGGGGGCGGGGACUGAUGACGACGUGCUGAUUGAGAUCCUAGCAUCCAGGACCUGCGCCCAGAUUAAAGACAUCGUCAAAGUCUACAAGAAAGAGUGCGGUGGCAAGCUGGAGAAAGAUAUCACCGGUGACACUUCAGGCCCCUUCCAAAAGCUUCUAGUGAUCCUUCUGCAGGGGAGCAGAGCUGAAGGGGUGGAGGAAGACAGGAUUGAGAAAGACGCAAAGGAACUGUUUGCUGCUGGCGAGGGGAAGGUUGGCACAGAUGAGGAGAAAUUCAUCAACAUCCUGGGCAACAGGAGCCAUGAACACCUUCGCCUAGUGUUUGACGCCUACAAGAAGCUGUCUGGCAAUGAUAUUGAGGGCAGCAUUGAGGGCGAGACUACUGGAAACCUGGAGAACUUAAUGCUGGCUGUUGUGAAGUGUGCUAAGAGUGUCCCAGCCUACUUUGCAGAGUCUCUCAAUGGGUCUAUGAGGUGUGCUGGCACUGAUGACCAGACUCUGAUGAGAAUCAUGGUGUCCAGAAGUGAGACAGACAUGCUGGACAUCAGAGCCUGCUUUAAGAAGAUGUAUGGGGCCUCGCUCUACAACACCAUCCAGGAGGACACCGCUGGGGACUACGGAAAGGCCCUGCUCUACCUUUGUGGAGGAAAUGACUGAGGCGCUUUUUGAUUAUGUGCAACGAUGGCGCUGUAUGAUGAUGUGUUAUGGGGUGGCAAUGGGCUGCACUUGAUACUCUGUCUGUCAAUUAUAAUUAAUUAACACUAGAUUUUAUUGGCUUCUGUUCGACGAUUGGCUUGAGUUACCACUUCAUUGUAUUGGCUAUGUAUCUUGAUUGCCCACAUUCAACACAUAUUGAACUCAACAGUGCAUGCCCUGUUUUUUCCUAUACUGUUCAAAUAAUCAGCCCAUUCUUUGACUCUAAGGCUGCGUUUACACAGGCAGCCCAAUUCUAAUCUUUUUACACUAAUUGGUCUUUUGCCCAAUCAGAUCAGAUGUUUUGUGAAUAAUUGGGCAAAAGAUCAGAAUUGUGAUGCAUGUGUAAACACAGCCUAAUGGUCAUGUGAACUAAACUAUGCUUUGUUUUGUUAAACAUGUCCAAUUUCAUGGAAUAAUAAGAAUAAUAUUGCUAUAUCAAAUUACUUUGAGGUUCUCUUCUUUAUUGUUACUUAAAUCAACAUGCUAUCCUACUCUAUCUUGAUGAAUGCCUUUAUGUGUCUAUGGGAGUUAGAUAUACAGAUGUAGGAUCUUAAUUUGAUCACUCUUUUGUUGCUGA